AUGGAGACCGAAGAAGGACAGGGACAAUAUUAUAAUUGGGCCUUCAGGAUUGGGGACGGUCUCUACACCCGCACUGCGACAAGGGAGCCGCCCCAAAACCUCCAAACUGUAAUUGACAAAGUUACUAUAUCAUUAGCAAUUGAUUUCCAGUCAAAACGAAUACAAGGGCUCAGUCCGAGGAAGAACGGCGUCAGGAGGCGGUUGUUUAAUACCCUCCAGAAAAGAAGGAUUACUCUACUCUACCUCUGGCUCCCGGAUUCAUGUUCCCAUUCUACUAGACAUGGCUUGGGCCCUUUAUCGCCAUGGGGGUCGCUUUCAUUCUUCUUUUAAAUCAUGGGGUUGCUUUUACUGUUUUACUCGGGCCUGUUCUAUAGGGUAGAAAAGUUGUCAGUCUUAACUAAGUUGCCGGAUGUUACCUAAGUUUUAGCCAAAUCUUACCUGGGCAGAUGUCGAUUAUAGAGAUACGUGAGACCAAAGCGGACGAUCUUAAUUCAGGGCUAAUCCAGUGAGUUUGUAAUCCAGAGGUCAGCGGAUCUGUCUACGCACAUGUCCAUUUCUUUACAUGGCCUUUUCCUCCCUUUCCCUAUUCGCAUUCGUUGCGCAACUCUAUCAGUUUGAUCUCGCGCCUGGAUCCAGGUGAAAAACAGCAGCUGUGCGGUUCUCCCAUCGCCGCGCAUGCCGACAGGACUGACAUACGGUAGACUAUAAAAUGAGUCAGGCUUUACACUGGACUCGUACAGAAAUACGUAAGCUGACUUUCAAAUAAAUUCCCAGGUUGACAGUUUCCAGGCCCGAACGGAUUCGAGCCUUCAAGUCAGUGGGGUGGAAGUGAUGUACCUGGAAAGGAAAGCGACAAUGAGCUUGGGAUCCCAUAAAAGGGAUACCAAAGUUGAGACCGGUUCCGGGUAAGGGGAUCCAUUUCGAAUUAGUUUUUUUAUAGUUUUUUGUGACUUGAGAAGAAUGCUUAUUGUAAUUUGAGAUUUUUUUUUGAAAUUUGAUUAACUUUCUUACUAAUGCAAACUUAAGAUUACACUCAGCAAUUUCAAGACUCCUCUGA